UUGUGUAAGACGCAAUAAUAAGUGAUAACCACUAACGUGGAAGCUGUGGCCGGAAUGGUGGCAUAUUUACCGUGUAACAUGACUCCACCGACUCCGAGUGAUCGCGUCACGUUGGUCAUCUGGUUCAAACUGGGAGAGACCAAUCCGAUAUACAGGUGUUCAUAUUAUUAUGUAUUGGAUGUUUUGAUGKCUGUACCGCCAUUAAAGUCUUAUCCGAGAAGAUUACCUCCGGAUCGGCUGAGCGUGCUGAACGAAAAAGGAGAUCACAUACCACAUUACAUACUCGGGCCGUACAAAGAAGGUGUUACUGUUGAUAUCACGUGCAUCGCAAGUGGAGGACGUCCGCCACCCCGUGUCACCUGGUGGCAAGAGAACGCGCUGAUCGAUGAGACUUUCGAAACGCUAYCUGACCGGAAGGUCAAAAAUGUGUUGCGCCUUGAACGACUUGAACGCCGUCACCUCAACACCGUCUUCACWUGUCAAGCAUCCAACAAUCACAUGGUGCCUCCCAUAUCCAGCUCCGUCUCGUUGGACAUGAUACUUCGACCAUUAUCGAUCAAAUUAGUUGGCGAUAAUCGCCCACUAUCUGCAGAAUCGUCUGUUAAUGUCAGUUGCCGAGUUACAGGAGCUAAACCACCACCAAUCAUCACUUGGUGGAAAGAUGCAACCCAAAUGACAGAUGCCAAACAAAUAACCAGUCCGGAUGGAAACAUAACAACGAGUGUGCUGACAUUCACUCCAACGAUCAAAGACUCGGACAACACAUUGAGCUGCCGAGCAGAAAGCGGUAAACCGGAUACCGUGAACAACAGACACAGCAGCAAACCCGAUGGUCGACAAUAUCAGGCAGUCGACGUCGAUUCUUCCGAUGGAUGGAAAUUAAACAUAUUCCACGUACCAGUUGUCAACCUUGAACUUGGCAAAAACAUUAACGGCAGCGCUAUACAAGAAGGUAUGGAUGUAUAUUUUGAAUGUAACAUCAAAUCAAACCCAUGGGUAUACAGAGUGACAUGGAGACACAAUGUAAUCGCCCCAGUAUGUCGACCCGGUCAGGAGACGGUGCAAGGGGUGGGCAGACGUGAGGCUGCUAAAGUACUGUGCGAAGUAGAGGCUAACCCAUCRGAUAAUAUUCAGUACACUUGGCGUUUCAACAACUCACGUGAAUCGGUCAACUUGGAUCGUGACCGUUACACUGAGGAGGGAUCGCGGAGCAUUGCUGCGUACACGCCGCUGACGCCACUCGAUUACGGUACACUUAUGUGUUGGGCAAGCAACGAGUUUGGCAAACAAAUAGUUCCAUGCGUGUACCAGGUGAUAGCUGCCGGACGACCAGACAGCUUGGAAAACUGCUCGGUGGUAAACCAGACAUCAGCAUCGCUGGUAGUCCGGUGCCAACCAGGUUUUGAUGGUGGACUCAGUCAAAGGUUCGUCAUGGAGGUGUACGAUCGCCAUGGGCAGUCACUGGCAGGCAAUGUGACGGCCGACCGGCCGGCGUUUACUGUGGGAAGUCUUCCUUCCGGUUUGGGAUUCGAUAUUAGCGUUUACGCAUACAACAGCCGAGGACCGUCUGACCCCGUUCAGCUACACGCCUACACCCUCAAGUCGGCCGAGAAACGUACAGCCGUCACACCCUCUGGAUUUCGCUUUUCACCCAUGCUAGCCGUGAUCGCUGUUGGAUGCGUCGCGUCUGUCAUAUCCAUCGCGUGUAUCGUGGCUGUGGCCGUAGUAGUGCAGAGGAAGCGAUCUAGGCGCCGUCGCCGUGAAAGGUCAAAUGACGAGUCGAAAACGGCCAUCGACGGUGUAAGCGAAACUGGAACUGGUACAGGAGCUGGAACCGGAAACGGAGAUGGUAGUGGACUCGAUGGUGGGACUGGCGGAGGUGGCACUGGAGGAGGAACCGAUGGAGUUACAGGCGGAGGAAACGGCACAGAUCGUCAUCAUCAACGUGCAGAUGCCGUCGACGAUGGAUUAGAAAAGAAUCCCGACAUCAUACCACAAGACAACGAUUACUUAGAUGAAGAUGAAAAGGCAUUUGAACGGUUAAACAGUGGCAGAAUAUAUUCUUCACGAUUGGUCGACGCAGAAGCAUGCAAACAACAAGCUCGUGGACUUAUGCCACCACCUCCAUCUAUGACACCACAACAGCAAAUCUAUUCUUCGGACAUUGUCGGUGGUUCUCCAUCAGCCGGUGUAGUGUAUCCAAAUCUGAUGUGCCCUACACCACCACCGCCACCGUCACAGCUGUUACUCCACCAACACUAUCAGCAACAGCAACUACAACAACAGCAACCCACUGCUGCAUUGMACCACCACCGGCACAACGGUGGUGGUCCUCAGCACGUGCAAUACGUGCAGGUUGACCACCAAAACCAGUUCGCAAGCCACCCACACCAGCAUCACCAUUUACAUCAUCAUCCCCUGCCGCCACCGCACUACCAGCCGGUCCCGCAGGCACGGACUAUGACCCUUGGCCGAUACCACAACAACCACAAACAUGGUCACAAUCAACCACAAGACCGCUCUGCUGAGAUACCUCUGCUGUUGGCUGCCCAACCUGGGCUCCAACAUCACCAUCAGCUUCACCAACGCGAGAGCACGACCGACUUGACAGUGGACCAGCAGCUACAGCAGAGGGGCACUGUCGGACCAGUUUUCGGCAAACCAACCCCGACGGUGGCGCCAUCGCAACAGCAGCAGAUUAUCGCCGCCACACGGUUCUGACAGACAGAUUUUGAGCCGAUUCCCGAGGACGAUUUGGUCAUGUUGUGAACUCGCUCCCGGAYGACCCUCAACACGAGACAACAGCGACCACACAACUGCAAUUCACCAUAUACUAAAUCUCUAUGAGCUUAUAGUAUAUGGACUGCGGGCUUUCGGCUAAUACGCCAUGUGUAUUUUAAAAAAAAUGCUUAGGGGAUGAUCGAAAAAAAAGUGUUUUUAUUUUGUUCUCAAAUUGUUUAAUAUGUCUUCUAAUAUUGUUGUUUUAUUUAUAUUCCCGUCUCGCACGCCGCUGUAGGUCGUAAUCACCAUUCCAAUCGUUGUGAUAUACCGUGAUAAAUAGUGUACCUAACUACUUCUACCUAACUUGAAUUACACCUAACCCUGCUUGAGUACCAUUACACGACGCGAUCGACAACCAAUUUUCCGAGAAAGUAAAUCGCAAUCGAUGUUCACCCACUUGUCUCUAGUUGUAAGAAAAGAAUAUCAAAGUAUAAACUCUUGACGCCCUCCCCUAACUCUUCACUCACGCCAGGAAUGAAAAACGUCAUGUCGUGAUGCCGGCGGUAGAUCCAUAUCUACAUACCAUCGUUAUACAAUUUUUGGCGACGAUAAUUAAUCACGAAAAACCAUCUCAAAGUAUAAUAAAUCCCGAAACUAUAUACGGGACAUCUGUUUCGUCACUCCCAAAAACUCUUACGGGCACACUCAAAACAUCAUUAUAAAAGUUUUGCCAUUGUAAUAUAAUAUAUUAUAUUUCGUACGCGUACCUACGCUAGAAGUAGAUUAACGACGGUUAAUUUUUUUUUUACGAACAAAAAACAAACGUAAAAUGUCCACCCAAUGUCGUCGAAAUUUAUCAACUUAAUGGUUUUUAUUAUUAUUUUUAUUUUCCUCUUUGGUAUAGGUAUCCGCAUUCUUAUGAUAGGCCCUCCGAUUCGUCUCCACCGAACGCAUCAAGUAUAAUAGACGUAUAAAUAUAAUUUCGUCUUCCGAUUGUUUGCAAGUUAUUCUCACAAAUCUCACCUUCACUGAACUUGAUCCUACAUUCGCAUUGACACCUAACUCGGCAAUAAAUCCUCUUAUUACACUCGUGCUGAUAUGUGAUACCAGUGAGUUUUUUAUUUAUUUUAUGGAGUGCCAAAUACACAGUGGUGGAGUUUUUUUUUCAUAUAUUAAUGAGACAAUCCAUAAUACGUAUAUCUCAAUAUCCAAAUGGAACAUCWGAUUAAUUUUCGUUGACACUUAUCAGUGUGUGCCCAUAUUUACCUACCCAGUACCCAUACCCUACCCAACCUGCCUAACUCAUUCAAUUAUUUAGUAUUUCUAUAGUAAAGUUAAUGUAUUGCAAUACAUUGUAUUAUAUUAUUAACAAUAAGUGUCUACCAUGAAUGUUGAAAAAUAUUAAUUGUUCCUCAUCGUUCGAUGCUCAAGAGUUACUCAAUCGACGUAAAUGGACACGAUGUUUUAAAAUAUGUGUUGUUUAUGAAAUUGAGAAAAAAAAAUUUUUAAGUGUUAACUGAAUGAAUUAGGGAUUGUAAAUAUUAUGUUGUAAAUUAAAACAGCUUAUGGCCACAAUGUUAACUCAAAAACAAUGUCUUUAUAAUAUUGAACCAUUUUAAUCAAAUUAUUAUUAUUAAAUAU